AUGAGCUCGUUGGAAGUCCAUGCGGGUGUACUAGGCAACUCUGACGGAUCUUGUCUGUACGUUGUCAAUGGUAAUAAAGUGAUAACAUCAGUAGUUGGUCCCAUAGAAGCUAAGGCUCGUCAAGAACUCCCACAAACAGUUAGUCUUGAAGUAGUUGUACGACCGGUAACGGGACUUAGCAACAGUCGAGAGAAGUUGCUAGAAGAAAAGAUCAGAAAUUUGCUUCAAAACAUAAUCAUUGGGUUUAAAUAUCCCAGACAAACAAUUCAAGUAGUUGUUCAAUUUCUAAUUGCAGAUGGACGUCCAGAAUACACUGCCUUAGAAUUGAAUAUGGCUAUAAACUCUGCAUUCUAUGCGUUGGUGGAUGCUGGUGUCGCUAUGUAUAAAUCAUUUGUGUCCACAGUGGUAGCUGUUCCUCCGGAACAAGGUAGCUCCCUUAUAUUCGAUCCCAGCAUGGAACAAAUUGUUGCUUCUAAAUCACAUCACGUAGUGACGUAUUCUGUUGAACACGAUGAGUGUAAAAUUAUACUAUUGGAGAGUAAUGGACUCUUUGAAAUGAAGGAGUUAAAGAACAUAUUAGAUGCUGCUAAGAUUCAAUGUCUCACAGUCCAUGAAGAUGUCCAACGUGAUGUUAUAGAGUCAAAAUUACAACAAGACUAUAUUUGGAAGAGCUAA